GGUUAGGUUAGGAAGUUGCGAAACGAAAAAAAAUGCGAAUUUUCAGUUAUUUAUCGAAAAAAGUUGGCGACCUUACUAUUAAAUAUUCUAACUUGCCCGAAUCAUACGUGAAAAGAAGUUACGAGCAGGUCUACUGGAAGACUCCGAGCGGCUAUCCACAGUUUUUAAAGAACGCUCAAGUGGCCCGUAAAAAGUUCCGCUUCACGACAAACCGGCCGUGGACCGGACAAUUCCGGCUGCAAAAUGAUCGUGGUACACAUAGAAAGAAGGUCUUCAUUGAACCUAUUAAGGACUGGACCUUUUUUAAAGGAGACAGAGUAGAAAUAAUGGUGGGCAAGGACAAAGGGAAGCAAGGAAUCAUCAGUCAGGUGAUACAGGAACGCAACUGGGUCAUUGUUGAAGGACUCAACACACAUCUUAGAAUUGUAGGUAAAGACAAAAGCUUUCCUGGUGUAACAGUCCAGUCAGAGGCCCCACUUCUGGUGACAACAGAUGUGAAGCUUGUAGACCCUGAGAGCUUGAAGCCCACUGAGAUUGAGUGGCGCUACACAGAGGAGGGAAUGAAGGUGCGAGUGUCUUUGACCAGCAGCCGUAUAAUCCCAAUUCCCAAAGCAAACGAGGAGACCAUUGACUACAAGAGCAAAGAGCUGUACUUAGACAAUGUGGAGAAGGACACCGCUGCAGCUACUAUUGCUAAGAUCACAUUUGUACCAAAAUUACGUACAUUCGAAAUGGACAUAAUGGAAGAGAUGGGCAUCAAAGAAGACAGAGUACCUGCCAAAUCGUGGUGGUACUAGACAAAAUUGAACACACGUGUCGAUGUUAAUUAGUUAAAAAUCAUAAUUUUUGUUAAUAAAAUAGUUACUAUCGUGAAUGUAUUCUUUACUUAACAUUAGUA